UUUGCCUGCCUUCCUUCCUCUUCCUCCAGUUGUCCCAAUCACCACAUUAUUUGAAAUUCCAACAGAUCCCGACGUGGGUUUUCAUAAUUUUUUAUCAACCAAAAUCCCCAUAGUGCGGUUUGUUGAAAACGAUUAAAAUAUGUAUAUACAAUGCACUAAAGACAGGAAGACUUCAUCGACCCUUGGGUUUAAAGGAGGAGGCGUUUUUGAAAGCUACAUCGACAUAUCAAUCGCCAGCAUUGAUUAUUUUGGCGAUAAUGGCUUACAUCAUAUGCACAAGGUUGCUUAUCACUAAAACCCACCCCCAAUGGAGGCCCUGGCCCUGCCACUACAUCACUUGGUUAGUAUUUGGAUGCUAUAAAUAUUGGUAGAAUCCAUUAAAAUCUCCAUGAGUUGGUGAGAGAAGAAAAAUGGAAGAGGGACAGGGAAUCAGAAAGGGUCCAUGGACAGAGCAAGAGGACAUCCAACUGAUUUGCUUUGUGGGCUUGUUUGGCGAUCGAAGAUGGGAUUUCAUUGCCAAAGUUUCAGGUUUGAAGGUGGCGGGAGACAGUUCCUAGGACUUAACAGAACAGGCAAAAGUUGCAGGCUGAGAUGGGUUAAUUACCUUCAUCCUGGUCUCAAAAGAGGCAAGAUGAGUACUCAAGAAGAACGACUCGUGCUUGAACUUCACGCCAAAUGGGGAAACAGAUGGUCCAAGAUUGCUCGCAAGUUACCAGGCCGCACAGAUAACGAAAUCAAGAACUACUGGAGAACCCAUAUGAGGAAGAAGGCACAGGAGAAGAGAAGGGCUUUGUGUUCUUCAUCUUCCUCCUCCUCCUCUUCUUCUUGUUCUUCUUCUUCUGGACCAGUGAAGUUCUUUGACUCAGGGGGGUCUGAAAUCUCGGCUUCAUCAUCAACCAAGAAGAAGGGGGAGGAAAAUCAAGGAGUGGGUGAUCCAAAUGGAUACUCAAUGGAUGAUAUAUGGAAAGAUAUUGAUAUGUGUGAUGAUCAUGAGGGGUUGAUUAUAAACCAAGACUGCAACUAUUCUUGCCCUGCUUUGAAUCCUCCUUCAUGGGAGUAUUACUGUGGGGAUUCUUCGUGGAAGAUGGAGGAGGAAGAGAGUAAGCUAAUUUUCUCUGGGUAUGAUGAUCAUAACGGGAGGCCACGCCUUGCUCAAGCUAAUCAGAAUUUUUUCUAUUGAAUUUUGUGUAUAUGUAGUUGUUGUCUAAGUUUUUGUGAUGUAGUUCACUAAUGCAUAUUGUAAGAAGUUUAUGUUUAGCUGUGUUUUUGUUGAACAAGAAAAUAAUGGAUUUAUAUCCAUUUCCUUCUUGUUGGCUGUGAUGAUCUUUAGGUGUUUUAAUGGCUGCUUGUUUAAAU